AUGCCUAUGCUUCCCCCAAAUAUUAGCAUAUAUCCCAAAAAUAUAUUUAAGGGUGGAAAUGGGAUCUUUUUUCUAGAGACCACAGACAGAAUGGAGCCACCAUCCUUGGUCUUAUGUGCAAUUGAAUCAGCAGCUCGAGUGUAUCAUGAUCGACCAAUAGGCUUCUUUAUGAAGGGGCUGCAUGAUAUAGAAACAGAAGAAGAUAUCAACAGAACCAGGAAUCUUUUUCCGACUCUCUCAUCUUUUCAUAAUGUCCAUAUACUGCCUCUGAGAUUUGAGGAAUUGUUUAAUAACACACCGCUUCAAUCAUGGUAUGAAAAGGUUAAACCGCAGAAGGAAGUUUACUGGAUUCAUGUUUUAUCAGAUGCAUGCAGACUUGCAAUUAUAUGGACCUUUGGAGGAAUAUAUAUGGACACUGAUAUCAUCUCCACCCAACCUAUCCCAUCAGAUCAUUUUUUUGCACCUCAGUCCACAGAUAUUUUUAGCAAUGGUGUGUUUGGGCUUCCUCGAAUACAUUCUUUGGCAUGGGAGUUCAUGGACAGCUUUGUUCAGAACUAUAGAGGUGAAGAAUGGGGCCACCAAGGACCAGCACUUAUAACACGAGUUUUAAAACAUAAAUGCAAAAAUGUUGAAAUUAGUCUUAAGGAAAAUGUAACUUGCGGGACACUAACUUUUUUUGUUCCAGACUGCUUUUACCCAGUUCCGUAUCAUGAAUGGAAGAAAUAUUUCAUACAAUGGGAUACUUUUCCAACUUUCAAUAAUUCAUUUGGUUUGCACCUCUGGAACUUUAUGAAUAAAAAUGGGAAAACCAUGGUACCAGGAAGCAACACCCUGGUAGAACAUUUAUACAGCAAAAAUUGUCCCUGUCUUUAUGAAUUAGAAAGGAAGAAACAUGAAUACCAGAUGUUAAUAGCCUCAAACCAGAUCAACAAAACAAAUGGAGAUCACUAA